ACAAUAAUUUUACAGAGUCCUUCAAUUCUUGGAUCUUAGAAGCAAGAGGCAAGCCUAUCCUAAAGAAUCUUGAGGCUAUUAAAAUCAAGAUCAUGGACAGAUUGAGAGAGAAGUAAGAAGAAUCUAGAACAUGGGGAGAUGAGUUCAGUCCAAACUGAAUGAAGUUGUAUACUGCGUAUUUGAAGGUUGCCAACUUAUGUACUGUUCAAUUCAAUGGUGAAACUGGCUAUGAGAUUUUUUAAGGUGAUGAUAGACAUAGAGUGAAUCUAGUGGAGAAGAAAUGCACUUGUAGAUCCUGGCAGUUGACUGGUAUCCCAUGCCCCCAUGCCAUCAGGGCACUAAAAUACAAAAGAGAGGAUCCAAUGACUGAAAUUAGUUGGUGAUGCAAUAAGGAAGCUUACAUGACGACAUAUAGGGCCAAGUUGAUGCAUGUUAGAGGUGAAAAGUUCUGGAAAGUAUUACCAGGACAUACUAUGGAACCACCUCCACUUGCCAAAAUUAUUAGAAGGCCAAAAAUCAAGAGGAAUAGGGAGAAGGAUGAGGCUAACAAGAGACAAGGAGAGUGGGUUGAAUCAAGAAGGGGAACUAGAAUGACAUACAACAUUUGUGGUGAACUGGACUACAAUUCAAGGACAUGCAAGGUUGGUGUUGAAGGAAAUGUUGAGGAAUUUGUAUUCAUGCCUACACCUAGAGUACCAAGACACCAAACAGAACCUUUUGGUGAUGGUAGUGAGCAUGAAAGUGACCCUGCUUUAAUGUUUAAGAUUAUUUCUGAAGAUCAAACAAGAUUGUUGAUAAGGCAGAAUCAAUUGAUGUCAGCUGGGACAAGAGUGAUCUCUUUCAGAGGAGAUCAUACUAGUGUCAAUUAUCCCGCAGAUCUUCCUUACUCACCUACUAAGAUCAUAAAGAAGCAGUGACUGAAAAUCAAUUGGAAGUAGCAAGACAAAAGAAAGUGGGGAAGUUGAAGAGCAGGAAACUCAAUGGGAACUCACAAAUCUAGUGAUCUUGGUUGUUGUAGGUAGUUGCAGGUCUUUAACUUUGUUGGCAAUUAUCUAUUUCCAACAACCAAAACUGGUCAGUUUAUCUUGGUUGUUGGAAAUUAAAAUAUUGGUUUUUAUCAAUUAAUGUGUUAUGUCAAGACUUGUUUAAUUUGUUUUGGUGUUCGUUGUUGCAAACUAUA